AUGAUAGGAAGAGCCGACAUCGAGGGAUCAAAAUGCAACGUCGCUGCGGUUGCUAGGCUGCCACAAACCAGUUAUCCCUGUGUCCCCAUGCGUACUGAACAUCAGGAUCAAGCCAGCUUUUGCCCUUCUACUCUACGCGAGGUUUCUGUCCUCGCUGAGCUGGCCUUAGGACACCUGCGUUAUUAUUUGACAGGUGUACCGCCCCAGUCAAACUCCCCGCCUGGCAGUGUCCUCGAACCGGAUCACGCGGAGAGCGCAUCCACAUUCACGAAUUGGAAACGAGACGCCUCGAGAGUGCGAGAGAUCGACCUAGAUCGACGCUCCAUCCUCCCUGAGCACGCGGCCAGCGCGCGCCUUCACUUUCAUUGCGCCUUUCAGUUUAUCAUCUCAAUGACUCGCAUACAUGCUAGACUCCUUGGUCCGUGUUUCAAGACGGGUCCUGCGAGUGCCCGAAACAGAAUCAUCGCAGACAGAAACGCGCACAGUCCAAGACAAUACGACAGCGACUGCAGAAGCACCGCACCUACGAGCGCACAGAGGCGUCAACGUGAAGUGCGAUGCCAGCUUGCGUCGAGCUGGACGCGUGUAAAACGCGUGCACGAGUCAUCUUGCUACCGUCUGGCAGCCGAUCCGCCACCGUCGCGGUGCCAUCGUCCUAACCAGGGUUGCACUCUCAAGCAACCCGACUCUAAGGAGAAUCCCUCUCGUCGCGCUCCUCUGUCGCUACGGGCCUCGCACCCUCUGUGGGUAAACGGCCUCGUUCAAGACGAACUUGGACACGAGCAGUCGCAACGAGAAAACGGAACCUCCCGAACACCACAUUUCCCGCCACAGAAAGUGUGA